UGCGGACCCGGGUGAGGUCAAACCCCUGCCGGGGAGAGGUGCGCGGAGGUUCCGCGCCGCUCGGGGCAGUCCCGGCCGUGCGCCGCUAGGGGGCGCGCAGGAGCCGUUCCGCCCCCGGCAGGAAGCAGGAAGGGAAGCACACGGGGCAGGCCCCGGCGCCGGGCGGGCUCGGGGCGGCGAGCGGGAGGUCUCCUCCCUUGUCCCGGCUCCUCGGUGCUCCACCCUGGAGUGGCUGAGGACAUGGUGGUCCUGCGGGCUGGGCUCUGCCCGGGUCUCACUGAAGAGAUGAUCCAGCUCCUCAGGGCAGGUGGCAUCAGGACAGUGGUGGACUUUGUGGCAUCAGACCUGGAGGAUGCUGCCCAGAGGUGUUCCUUGUCUUACAAGGCACUAGUUGCAGUGAGACGUGUGCUCCUGGCCCAGUUCUCUGCCUUCCCUGUCAAUGGAGCAGACCUCUAUGAGGAGCUCAAGAGCUCCACAGCCAUCCUGCCCACCGGGAGCCCAAGCCUGGACCAGCUGCUGGACUCUGGGCUGUACACAGGGGAGGUGACAGAGCUCAUGGGAGCGCCAGGCAGUGGCAAAACGCAGGUGUGCCUGGGCAUUGCAGCCAGCGUGUCCCUUGGCCUCAAGCAGCAGGUCCUGUUUCUCGACUCCACGGCAGGCUUCACUGCCUCCCGCCUCAGCCAGAUCUAUGGAGCCCAGACAGGGGACAAGCAAGAGCAGCUGGAGGCCCUGCAGCGGGUCCAGGUUGUCCAUGUGUUUGACAUCUACGAGAUGCUGAGAGCCUUGCAGGAGCUGCGGGAUGGUCUCUCCCAGCAGGUGGUGAGCUCCGUGGGACCUCUCAAGGUGGUGGUGAUCGACUCGGUCUCGGCUGUGAUCUCCCCGCUGCUGGGCGGCAGGCAGGCGGAGGGUCUGGCCAUCAUGAUGCAGCUAGCCAGGGAGCUGAAGACACUGGCCAGGGAGUUCAGCCUUGCCAUUGUGGUGACCAACCAGGUGACAAGGGACAGCAGCAGCAGUGGUGCACUGAAGCCAGCCCUGGGGCGCUCCUGGAGUUUCGUGCCCAGCACCCGAGUGCUGCUGGAGAGCAAAGAAGGCAGCAGGGGGAGAGGCAGCAGGCAGCACCUGGCCUGCUUGGCAAAGUCAGCCCGGCAGCCAACUGGGAUACAGGUGGAGCUGGAUAUUGGAGAUGGUGAUGUGCAGGAGCUGAGCCCAGCAACACCCACAGAGGGGCCCUGAUGCAGGUGAAGAAGCAAAUAUGCAGGUCCAGGAGAGCUGCAAAGGCAAGCAAGCACACUAAAGCUUUUACAGGCUGCCUCUGGGAGCCCUGCAGCCCUGGGAAGCACCAACAUGAAGAAGCUUUUGAUCUUCUGUGCUGGGGAGAAAAUAACCAUGGGGGUCCCUGGAGGUGUCCUUGCCCCAGCAGAUGCAGCCCAUGGUGGCUGGGCAGUGUGGGCAGCACCACAACCAAGUCCUCUCCUCCUGUUGCAGGCUCGUGUCCAACCAGCAGAGCCAGCCCUGUCCUAAGGUGUUGGCUUGAGUCCAGCUGGCACAUCCCUGCAGAGGCCCUGGUGGGUUUGUUCCCCCCUGGAUCCCCUGUCCCAGAGCUCUGAUGCUCUGUGGGCAGCCCACAGUGGCCUCAGCUUGGAAGCUGCAUCCAGCUGUGGGUGGUGAGAGCUGGAAUUCAGUUAAGGGCAACUGCUGUUAACUUCAUUAAACUGAUGAGGUUUAGUCCCUAGCAGGACUGGGGUGGGACAGGCUCCUGAUGAGCAGGGACACAACUGGAUGCUUGAUCUGACCUCCCUAGGACACCACCAGGGCCCUGCAGGGAGCUGCUAUGAAGAAUUGCUGUUAACUGCUGGAGGUUAUGAUCUGGAUCAUCUGGGGUGGCUGAGUCCUGAUGGGCACCAGCUGGGCCUGUCUGCUGCUCAGUGGCAUGUGGUGAUGCUGAAAUAAUCUCUCCUUGCUCCACUGCUUUCCAGCUGCUCUGCCCUGAGCUGGGCAACCUCCUGAGGGCUUGGGCAGUGCUGGGGAGGAGAUGGGAGGCUUGGAUAGAGCAUUGCCUCUUCUCUUCAUCCCAGAUGUCUCAGACAACCUCAUCCUCUGCUUCUUAAGAAGCCUCCUGGGCCAUGGCUUGCUUAAACACUGCUGCUGUGGGGACUGAGGCUGGUCAGGGCAUGCUGAUUAAACUGCUGCCACACCAGGAAGCUCCUGGAGCCUGAUUUAGCCUACCUUUGGGUGCUGAUUUCUGCAGAGCAGCUGUGACACCAAGCAGCCCUGUGUUCCUGAGGGAAGAGGCAGCUAAAGGGGCAGCUGAGGGGUUCUCAAGAGGCAAGGGUUUUGUUUUGCAUGUCCAUAGCAGUUGUGCCUCCAAAACCCACACUCUCAGUGCUCCCAGAAUGCAGGUCCCACCUCCUCCAGGACCUCCUCCAUGGUGGCCACCCAGCCCCGUGGCAGCAAAGGGGGCAGAGCAAGGUGUGAAGGUGACAGCAGCUGUGCCACCAGAUGAUUUUCAGUGGAAAUAAAAGGCAUUUUCUAACUCA